AUGGAUCCAUUCACAGCGGUCGGCCUGGCCGGGAACGUUGUCCAGUUCGUCGACUUCGCCUGCAAGCUAUUCUCGGAAGCACGUGAGCUCAAGACAUCGAUGACGGGACAGUCGGCCGCUCAGCUGGAGUUGCAAACUACUUGCAACUAUCUCAACACAUUCACCAGGCAACUAUCUACUUCACAUUUCGACGCAAACCCUCAAAAUCUCGCCUCUGGCGAGAAGGCCAUUGUGGACCUUGCUGCGUCUUGCAAGUCUACAGCAGACGAACUACUAGCUUUGUUGCAAAAGUUACAGGUGAAACAAAAUGCCAACCAUCGAUCAUACCAGAGCUUUUUGCAAGCGGUACGGGGCGUGUGGAAGAAGAGCAAGAUUGAAGAGCUGCAGAGAAGGCUGGACAGCCACCGUCGAGAUCUAACCCUGGGCCUCGCGCAUAGUCUGGGAGAUCGACAAUCUACGAUAAACGUACAGCUUCGGGCCUUGAAAGAGGCCAAUAUGCGCAUGGAACUCAACCAAACACAGAUGCUAGACAGGCUGUCGAAAGAAAUAAGCGACAUAGCCGUGGAUGCAACGCAAGCUCAAGCUGCAUUGACGCGAGAAGGAUCAGCCAUCAAGGCAGAAGACCUGAAAGCCAUCGGAGACGCCCUGACGAGUUUGGUCGACGAAGGCCGGUACCUGACCAAGUCUCAAAAGGUCUUGUCCAGUUUGUACUUCAAAUCCAUGAAGACACGACACUCAAACGUUGCUUCAGCACACGCGCAAACGUUCGACUGGGUCUUUAGACCGACAUCGCAAAAGUCCCGGCAUUCUCGCCCCCCAGUCCAUUUUCUCGAUUGGCUCUCACACAAAAAUGGCAUAUUCUGGGUUUCGGGCAAGCCGGGAUCUGGGAAAUCGACGCUGAUGAAGCACAUAUGCGGUCACCGGCGGACGCGUCAGACGCUCAAGUUGUGGGCUAAAGCUGAGCGGUGCAUCACUGCCAAGUAUUUCUUCUGGAGUGCCGGAAGCACCAUGCAGAAAUCUCUCAAAGGCCUAUUACAGUCUUUGCUGUUUGACAUAUUCAAGCAGUGUCCAGAAGUAAUCUCAGUCGCUUGUCCCGGGGAUGCGACAGCGUGGGAAGCCCAGAUGAAAGAGGAUGAAUCCUGGGACUUUUCCGAUCUGUCAAAUAUGGUGCGACGAAUUACCCACUGCAAGGAAAUGGCCGCCAAGUUUUGUUUCUUCAUUGACGGACUGGAUGAGUACGACGGUCGGCAUUUUGAUGUCAUCAAAGUACUGGAUAAUCUGGCAAAGUCGCCAAACAUCAAAAUUUGCGUCUCGAGUCGACCUUGGAAUAUCUUUGAAGACGCCUACGGCCAUGAUGUGACCAGGAAGUUAUAUCUGCAGGAUCUCACUCGCCAGGACAUCAAGGUCUAUGUCAAACAUCGCUUCGAUAAGUACUUUGCGCAAUUACAUCCCACCCCUCAGGACAAACGCUUCAAGGAACUGCUAGAAGAGAUUACAAACAAAGCGCAGGGAGUAUUUCUCUGGGUGCUGCUCGUUGUAAACUCACUGCUGGAGGGACUUACCAACGGCGAUUCGAUAGCGCUUCUCUUCUCACGACUGCGACGACUGCCCACCGACCUGGAAGCUUUCUUUGGACACAUGCUGAAUUCGAUUGACAGUAUAUAUCACGAGCACAUGGCACGCAGUUUUCAGAUUGCGCUUGCGGCCUCGACGCCGCUGACUCUGAUGGCGUAUAGCUUUCUAGACGAGGAGAUGGAGAACGGCAAGUCGGCGCUGGAAAGGCCAGUGAAGCCAAUAGACAACUACGAGCUUAGUGCACGACAUCAGCAGAUGCGGAGACGGCUCAACGGGCAAACAAAGGGACUUCUGGAAGCGCGGCAAGAUCCUGCGGGUACGGAUUACUUUGGUUAUCGAGUCGACUUUUUGCAUCGAACUGUGCACGACUUUCUUCGGACAAACGACAUGCAAAAGCUGUUGGCUGGGAAGACCAAAGCUGGAUUCAAUCCCGAGUUGUCUAUACUCCGGGGCUACCUCGUCUUACUGAAAGCCAUGCCUCUGUCGCAACGACGCGUAACAGAUCAAUCGGGUCCCGUGCAACAACUGCUGGAAGAAGCAUUCUUCUAUGCCAGGGAAAUAGAGAUACGGACAAAGUCAGCAAACCGUGAUUUGAUCGAUGAAUUUGGGGCGGUGAUCGAAGCCAUUUCAAAAGAAACAGGGCAAGACUUUGUCUGGUAUCGAGAUAGCGCCGUUGGCGACUAUGACUGCGUCGGCGACAAGGUGCGCAAAGCAGCAUGCAGUUCGUUUUUCGAAUACACAAUCCAGAAGGGUCUGCAGGUAUACGUGGAGCAGAAACUGCAGGCAGACGCCGACAUCAAGCUGCCUGGCGGUCGCCCCAUGUUAGACUGUGCAUUACGGAUCUGUCCUUCCAAGUUCAGCGGAGAGAUUGAGCUCUUGGACAUGGUGCGCUACCUUCUCGAAUCAGGCGCAGAUCCCAACGAGAUGUACGGCGACUGUUCAAUAUGGGGCCGUUUUCUGCUUCAGAUUUCGCAUUUGCCUUCUGGCCGACGUCCCUCACAGGACGUCUCGAGCGCGCUGCAUCGACACCGCCUCAUUGAGCUCCUGCUCCAUCACGGCGCUGAUGUCAACGUGACAUACAACGACAAUCCGUUGUUUGCCGACUACAUAAUGUUUGUUGGGAAUCAUCGGCCUAGUGAAGAAAUCGAGCAAAUCCAUCUCCAAACCAUUGACCUGUUCAUCAGUCGUGGUCCUGACCUCUGCGCAAAGCUAAGCAAACGAAUUUCGCUCUUAGGCCAAUUUUUCAUGUAUAGCAUUGGACGGAGAGGCACUGCUACCCCAGACUUCCGGUGUCGAAUGUGGAAACACAUCAUGCCUCUUGAUGAAGAAGACGAAGAGAGUUUGGCAAAGUGUGAACCUUAUAUGGGGCAAAUCCAGUUCUUGGACAGCAAAUGGCAACAGAGGCAAAAGUUGCGAGAAGAGAAGAUGUUGAAUAAUCAGACAUCGAUGGUUAAGGCAUCGUACAAAUGGGUGGGCUGGAUGCUAUCGUGGGUAUGGAUAGGCGUUUAA